CGAACAUCUAUCUUUCUCCCCUCCCCUCAAAAACAAACAACCACACAAACACAUAUAUAUAUAUACAUUUCCUAUCCAAAAAUAUACACAGACGCUCAAAGAACAAAAACACCACAUAUAAAGAGAAGGGAAAAAAACCCCGAGAAAAGAAACAAACCAAACCAUGGCCCCCCAAAACCUCCUCAUCGACGUCCGCACCCCAAGCGAAUUCUCCACAGGCUACCUAACCUCGGACAUGGCCCCCACCGUAAACAUCGAAUACCAGCUCAUCUCCACAUUGCCCGCCGUGUACGCUGAAAAAGGGAUCCAAGUCACCAAAGACGAUCGCAUCACGCUCUACUGCCGCAGCGGGCGCCGCUCCAAUCUCGCGCUGCAGACGCUGAGGGAGAUGGGGUUUACGAAUGCGCGCGAUAUUGGGGGGUUGGACGAGGCGAGGAGGGUGUUGGAUCGUGAGCAGGUGGAGAGGCAGUUGGAGGAGGGGUUUGGGGAGGAGGGGUCUGGGGAGGUGGGGGGAGAGGGAGAGGGGAAGGGGCAUGAGAGGGUGAAGAGUUUUGGGGUUUUGGUCGAGGGGUUGAAGGCGUUGGAGGGGUGAUGUGUUUUGCAUAUCUGUUAUUAUGUUUUUUUUGUUGGGUGGAUUACUCUAUAUGUUUAUCGAAGAGUAUUGCUUUCUCUGGCUUUACGCAAUGGUGUUGGGAUAUAUUUGGUUUAGUGUUUGGCGGGGUAGAAAGGGAAGAUUUGGUUCUGGGUGUAUAGUUGAUCGGGUUGUAUACGCAUGUAUAUACGGGGUGAAGUACUGACUCUUGUCAAUUCAGUCAGACGAUGCCUGUCUUCUUGUUUAUCUGAUUGCGAUGGGGGAGUUGCCGUGGAGUUGGGACCGAGUAGUUGCUACGCGCACGUGUCUUCGUAUUCUUAUAGUAUUAUCUCUAAUUUCCCUCUACCUUGGGACAAACAUAGUAUUCGUCGUACCCGGCAAUGAACAUGGGGAUUU